AUGUUCCGAGCUGAUGGAGACGUGCUGGAUCGUUACAUUCAUUACGCGCCUGCGGGGGACCAGUACGCCAGCCACAUCGCUUCGAGAUUGCCCGAAUCUAGCACCGCGUUAGGCAUGCAGCCUCCUCAUUUUGGUGCGCGGGACGAUCCCGUGGUUACUGUGAUGCGCCGAAUGGAGGACAUUUUCGAAGCCGAAACUGGUGCCAAGCCCCACGACCACGACUGUCCAUCCGAUCGCUACGUGGCCGAGUCGUUUGAUGCGUGCUUAGGCUACAACGGACUGGACGUAACAAGAAGCGCAAACGCGACGAGACCGACCUGA